AUGAUCAGAGGAAGUCACUUGCUGAGGAAGUCUCCUAGCUCAGCAGCCCUGAGUCGACUGCUGAGCCCCCACUGGGUGCUUGACCAAGGCACCCAAGUAAUGGCGACCAUGGCAGGACGAGGAGCGGGACCUGUUGGAACCCCGGAUAGUGAGCAAGAGUGUGCUGGGUGGAGGAUCGUCGUCGAGCUCGUAUCAGUUCAGCUGCCAGUGAAGAGGAGAAGCCAAGAGUCUCACGAUAGUAGCCUUGUGACUGCGAUCCCCGAUAAGUUUGUUUUCACGGCGGAGUACCUGGGGUUCGUGUCGAAACCUGCAUCCCUCAGUAUCAAGACGAGCGGAGACAUCGACGACAUGCGCGAGCUGUACAGUGAAGGAGGAGAAGGUCAGGUUCUUGAGUUCGUGCUGAUGUUGAGCGAGUGCGGGGCGUUGCUGAGGUCGGAAUUCCUGGGCCUGGUGUACCAGCAUCCCCUCCUGGUCGACGUGUGGGAUGCGGAGACCAAGUUCAGCAUCGGAACGAUAGAAAUCCCAUUGAGAGGCAUCUUCCGGGAGGGACACAGACACGUGUUCGCUCCUCUCGUCUCGCCGUUUCUUCCCCCGCUGGGAGAGGACAACACUGCAAACUCCCUCCCACAAGUCGCUUGCAGCAGCAGCAAACAAGUGCAGGUUCAGGGCUGGAACAAAGGAGGAGCCAUCGCACUGCGAGUUUUGUCGAGCGGAAUACCGACCAAAGAAAGUUUGGAGUUGACUCCUGCAUCGCCGCUAAGGAACCGCAGCCAAGGGCCUGGUGAUGGCGGCAAGACAGCCAACGUGAAUGAGCAGGAGGAAGAGACGAGGAAGGGCGACGACCAAGACGCCUUACAGGAGGCGAGCGAGGUCUUUGCGUUGAUGAUGUGCUGCAAAGAGAAAAUCUUGGACGAACUGAGAGAUUUCGCGUCUUUCCGCAACUCAACGGAAGUUGGGAAGUCGAAGCGCAGAUGGAGCGAAGUGGAGCUGUCGGCAGAGAGAUUCAGCCUGAUCCUCCGAUGUCUCAGCCUUGAUGAAUCUCACUUGCAAGCUGCUGUCAGGUCCUUCAGACAGGCGAUGGCGAUGGGGCAAGAAGCUGAUGGUUCAGAUCGAACGAUGUCUGUCGACCUCCAGCGGCUCUUCUACGAUCGUCGUUACUCGUUGCAACUGAGGAUGUUGGGGGAGCAGAUGAUGGAGGAUCUAGAUGAGGUAGACGACGCUGCUCGAGGUGCUCUGACCCGCCUCUGCCGCGCCCUUCUCUUCGCCAUGUGCGGUCAAAGUCUGCACACGUUCAUCCCUGCUCAGAGUCUCUUCAAGAGGUUUGCCGCCGUUGGUGUGCUUGACCUGCACGGGUUGGAGAACGUGCUCAAGUUCCUACAGGUCGACUUCGCUCCGUCGUCCAUGUUCGCGCUGUGGAGGUCGAUGUGCGGCAACUCGUCUGCGGGGGUAGAGCUCCAUCGAUUCGUCUCCUUCUGCUCUGUCCGACUGAUCUCGUCGGAGAGGAGACAGGCUGCCAGCCUCUCCCUCGUACGCUCGGCGAUCAAGAGCUGCAGCGAGUGGAGGGAGUUCGUCUCGGCAUGCGAGAUGCUGCGAGCCAAGAAGGUCAAUCCGGCGAAGCUCAACGUGACGAGUCAGCGCUCCCUUGCGACCUUCAGGCUGGACAUGGAGCGCAAGGAUGACAAGAGAAGGCAGAAGGAGACAGGGGAGGGGGAGGACGAGCUGGUCUCAGCUGCCAAGAAGAAGAUGAGCGCAAAUCGUGACAUAAUCCGCUCUGUCAAGCAUUCUCUCAAGGUCGUGUCUUACCCCAAGUUACAAGAGCUGAUCUGCUCUAUGGAGGAGGACGAAUGGCAGAAGAAGCAGCGGGCGAGGAGGAGACUCCUGCUGGUUGCCAGCAGAAGGAGUGCCGAGCUCCAAAAGCCAACUGGUGACUCCUUUGCUCGGGUCCAGCUGGAGCUGAACCGGCGGGGGCUGCUUGAUAGUCAGGGGCGGUGGAAGGAGGAGGACAAGGUGGUGAUGGUGCCGUGCGGGGUGAGGAGAAAGCAGGUGGAGCAUAAGGUUGCUAACAGGGGGAGGGAGGAAGGGUGGUUCGUGGUGAGCUUCGAGGACGAGCACUCGGAGUUCUGUUCCUUCGAUGUGGAGGAUGAGAGGAUGUGCCGGGCUCGGCAAGAGCAGAGGCUGGUGGUCGAGUCGAGGUGCCGUGUGAGGGUCCUGGUGCCUGAGCAGGGGGAGGCGAGCGUGCUGCUCGUGCUGCUGAGGCCUUGUGAGGAGAUGGAGGGGACGAGGAGGCUGGUAGUCACCAACUUCAAGUCGUCAGCUCAUGGACUCGCUCGGUCGCAAGAGUUUGGGGUUCUCGUCAAUUUCGUCAGGCCUGUCCCCACAUGUCUGAUUCGUGUCUACCUCAAGGACUUUUGCCGGAUGUGGCUGCAGGGAGAGGAGCAUAGGAGUCUGCAUGAGAUGAUAGUGCCGGGAACAAGGUGGGGAAAUCAGUCUCCUUCUCUUGUCUGCUACCGUGUUGUCAUGUCUCUGGGGGGCAAGGAAAGAGACAGUGAAAGCAAUGCUCUUAUGCUGUCGUGUGAAACUGUCCGUUGGGUCGGUGGGAGGUGGGAGGCCAUCGGAGCUGCAGGUGCUCAACGUUGUAAGACGGUGAAGAUGAUGAAGAAGAGACAUGACAUGUUGAAGACUUCCGACAUGCAGUUCCUGACGUGCGUUCUUGAUCCCCAUGACGCGAACAAGAUCCGAGAGCAAUGGAUAUUCGAUGUCUGCUCUUUCUUCCAGCAUGAUGCAGACAUCUCUUCCAAAGACGACUUGCUGUUGGAGCUUGACAAGAAAGCUUGCUCGUCGAGCGAACAGUUUCCGCCGAACCCGGUUGUACAUGUCUCGGAAGAGGUCGUGGGGAGGUGUGAAGUGACAGAGACGGAAGAGAAGAUGAAGGUGACGAUGAAGAUGCUCAGUCCACCAAGUCGAAACUUCUACCUGCACAUCGACGAUGAGCGAGGAAAGGUCGUUAGCGUCUGGAGGAUCUGUCAGAGGCAGUCCCAGUGCAUGAAGAAGCUUUCGCCGUCUCCUGUCCUCCUCAUCCUCGACGAGGUGGCUGUAGAGGACGGGAAGCUGGUCAUGCACCGGAACCUCCCCGCUCCUCUUCCUCCUCAGCCUCUCGCUGACUUCAUCGCAUCCCUGACCGCAGACGUCGCGCGCGCAGUCAGUGCUGGCAGGGAGCGAGUAGCGGUCAAGCACGUCAAACAAGCUCCACCGCUGCUGCUAACUCAGAUCUCACAGGCCCUCCAGGGGCUCGGGGAAGACAAGGCAAGUGACUGGAGCAGGGCGAAGGAUCAAAUUCAUCUCUUUCAAAAGGCGCCUGACUCAGCCGUCCUUGAAGAAGAAGCUCUCCUCUGCCCCGAUCUCUCCCUCUCCUCCCAGCCGCAGCUGACCACCAGCUCAGCUGUCGUAGUCUCCCUCACCUUCUUGCCAGACCUACGCCAAGCAGACAAACGCGAUGCCUCGAUGCUCUCCUCUCUCCUCGGUCGGCUAGUGCAGAGCAGUCUCCCCGACUCUGCUCAGCUUCCUGGCACCCUCCGGCUCGUGAGGAGGAUGGAGGUCACGGCAACUCACCAACAGGAGGGCAGGCGAGUCUUUGUCAGGGGGGUCACGCGCCAACAGGAAGCAGCCAAGACGAUCCAGACUGCGCUGAAAGGUCGCUUGCGACGGCGUGAGGAGAGAGCUUCUGCUGUCCGGCGUCAAGAUGAGCAGGAGCGCGGGAGGAGAGAACAAGGGACAACCUUUCGCAAGAUACAUGUUGCAGAGCAGCAGGAGGAGAUGGAGGAGUGCGAGGACGCUUCCUCCUCAUCUUCCUCCCCUCAUGACUCGCCUCCUCCCGUGCGAGGCAGAAGGAGACCCUUGCUCGAGCAUGGCGAUGGCAUCGAGGACGACGCCGGGGGGAGCAUCGCGGAGUCGGUUGGCUCUGAGACGAGCUCGGAGCAAUCGGAGCCCGCGACUCGACUCUCCGUGGCGACUAGGAGGAAGCAUCUGCCGCCUCCUACCCUGACGGCCCCCGAAGUCUCCGAUGCCGAGUCGGUUGAGUCUUCCACUGACUCCCAGGCCUCGGAGCCUUGA